GGAGACAUAGAUGCUAUAUACCAAAGUCAGCAGUUUACAGUUACUUCUGCACUUUCUGCUUACGAUGCAAAACGCGUAGAAGUUUUAACAAGUGCUAUUCAAAGCAUCGAGUUGGACGAAGGCAAGGUGCCAAAGUUAAAUUUUGUUCUAAAACAGUUGGACACUUAUAAAGCUGCAUGCUUAGGAUUAUUAGUUGAAAAUGGGUUAAAUCUUAAAGAUGUCGUUCAAGAAAUGAAUAAUAAAGAUAAAAAAGAACAAGGGAUUGGUUUUGAUACAUUAGUUGGGAAUAAAUUGAUCGAAUGCUUGGUUUUGAUGGAAAGAAUUUUGAAUCAAGCGAUAGAGUUUGAUAUUGAAAAAGGGAAUGUACCAAGUCUGUUUUUUUCGCAAUAUAAACCGAUCCUUGAUAAUGAACCUCUCUCGUUGGAUGGUUUUCGUAAUCAGGAAGAUUUCCUGAAUUGGAUUGAAGACAUUAAGGAGACCACGGUCAAUCUUUGGAAUGAUUGGAUAUGGGAACCUGUAAAAGGAAUGUGGGAUACGAUUAGACACAAAGAAAAAAGACUAGCACUUAUGGGUAAAGAAAGUCUUAAUUCGGAUUUAGAGUCUCUGGAACGAAUGGUUCUUGAUUUCGCUCGUGACCAAAAGCAAUUUACUGCCGAAGAAAUCAAUGAACUUUCUAAACGUAUCCGAGAUGGUGACUUGUCACUUGUGUUGAAAGCUUAUGAACAAGAAUUAAAGGUUCAAAAGACCAAAGUGGAUUUAGAACUUUCUAUGACAGCAUUAGAUAAGCUUUUGAAAUCUAAUGAGUUGAAUUUCGCAUUUUUGGCCGUUGGACCGA